GAUGUGUGUGAGGAUUGGUGGGGUGUACUGGCUGAGGAAGCUUCGAGAAAAUUAAGAGAGGAGAGGUCCAUUCCUCGAGGCACCGGCAGUUAGGUUACACAACGUGCACAGUUUCUGCACGCCGGUUAUAUCUACUCAUUUAUUUCGUGUUCAAGUGAAAAUCAACUUACAAAAUGGCCGCAGCUGCAGUAGCUAAGAGACUAAUCCCUCUCUUUGACAGAGUUCUUAUCCAGAAGGCAGAAGCUCUUAGCAAAACUAAAGGUGGCAUUGUCAUUCCAGAGAAAGCACAGUCAAAAGUUCUUCAAGGAACUGUUGUUGCAGUUGGUCCAGGAUCAAGGAAUGAUAAAGGAGAACAUGUUCCUCUGAGCAUUAAGGUUGGGGACACUGUUUUGUUACCUGAAUAUGGUGGCACCAAAGUGCAACUUGAAGAAAACAAAGAAUAUCACCUGUUCCGUGAAUCUGACAUCCUAGCAAAGCUGGAGUCUUAAGCCAGGAAUUAGAAUAUGUUAAGACUAUUUUCACAAAAUGCCACAUGGAAAGUGUCGUAUGCUCGGAACAUCAAAAUCUCAAUGCAACGUGACGUCACUAGAGUGGCCCAAACCACUAUUAUCGGCGAAUGAUUGUUGAUUCAAAUUACGUUAUUUCUUUGUAAGUCUGCUAGCAUAUAGGUGUCAUUGUUUCGUACAUAUUUCCAAAUAAUAAAAGAUUUAUUCAUGGUACUAUCA